AUGGGGCCGAGUGGCGCAGCCGCGGUGGCCGUGGGGCUGUGGGUCUUGGUGACGGUGGGCGUGGCCGCGGACCCCGAAGUGGUGGAGCCUCCGCGCCGCUUCCUCUCACACUACCGCUCCCGACCCCGGGCGCUGCUGGCCAUCAAGGCACUGAGGGACCGCUAUGAAGAAGAGACGCUGAGCUGGAGGCCGCGCAACUGCUCGUUCCGCCGGAGGAGGGACCCCCCGCGGCCUUCCUCCCGUGCGCUGCUCCGCCAGGUGGCCCGCGGCCUCGCCGACGCCCAAGACGGAGCCUCCACCCUCACCCGCGACGCCCUCCCUCCCCUCAUCUUUCUGUCCUUCCUUAACACAGACGUGGACCCCGGCUGCACGCUGGUGCUGGUGCUGAUGACUGUGGCGCCGAGCAGGACAGGAGCGGUUCCUGUGCCCUCACCCCUCGGGGCCCUCCCAGGUGCAAGGGGCUGCCACAUGGCCCAGUUCAAGUCUCUGUCCCCACAAGAGCUGCAGGCCUUCAAGAGGGCCAAGGAUGCCUUUGAAGAGUCGCUCUUGCAGAAGGACUGGAACUGCAGCUCCCGCCUCUUCCCCAGGACCCGGGACCUGAGGCAGCUGCAGGUGUGGGAGCGCCCCGUGGCCUUGGAGGCGGAGCUGGCCCUGACACUGAACGUCCUGGAGGCCACGGCUAACUCAUCCCUGGAUCACAUCCUGGACCAGCCCCUUCACACGCUGCAGCACAUCCACUCCAAGCUCCAAGCCUGUGUCCCAGCUCGACCCACAGCAGGCCCCAGGCCCCAGGGCCGCCUCCAUCACUGGCUGCACCGGCUCCAGGAGGCCUCGAAGAAGGAGUCCCGGGACUGCCUCGAAGCCUCUGUCAUGUUCAACCUCUUCCGCCUCCUCACCCGGGACCUGAGAUGUGUUGCCAGUGGAGACCAGUGUGUCUGA